ACAAUUCUGUUGUAGAUGGCCAUAAGUGGUUUUGAUUGGUUUUUUUUUUUAAUGUUGUGAUUUACCUGAUUUGUUUUCUCUGCAAUUAUAUAAUGUAAAUUAUCGGCAGUAAGCUUUCGGUGCCCGAAUAAAUGUUAAAUGAAGUGUCUAACGUUAUUAGUUUGAGUUUUAUCAUUGUUAAUAUUUUGAAAUACUUCUGUGUGUGGAGUAUACGCAUUUGUUCAUUGCAUAUUUGUAUUAAUUAACCUUAAAAUAAUGUAGGCCUAGCUUUUAAACAGGUAGAGUUGUAAAUACAAUUUAUUGUUGUUUGUAUUUGUUUGAAUAAAAUAUGUAACUAAAUAAUAUUUUUUAGUUUUGUAGGUUUGUUAUGUUGCAUUAUUUAACAAAGUUAAAACUUAUUUUAUAGUUAUAUUUCAAUAAGUGUAUAUUUGUAAUAAAUUUUGAAAGUUGUGUGACCGAUGUAACAGAUGACUAUACAUGAAGUGGAAAAGUUAAACUGAACUAGCCAGGGGGGUGUCUGGUACUAUGGGCUCAUGUCUUUGCAAAGAGAAUAAUUUGGAGACUGAUGAAGAUGAUAGUUUGGGCUAUCGCAAUGGCCCUGCUGUACAUUCCAUAUCUGCGCGAGUUUCUGCAGAAGAUUGCGAGUGUCACUUAAAUCCUUCAACUUGUAACCAGUGUGAAAAGUUUCCGGCUUGUGAAACUAUCGACAGAUUGGUUUUGGAAACUUUGAAUGUCAUUGGAUCACUGGUAGAAAACGAGCAGGAGCCCCCGCCGGCCAUGCUGCAGCUGCACACCAUAGCGGACAAGGAGGACGACGGCUGGCUGCAGGUGGUCAGCUCCAUGGUCAAGGUGAUCCCCAUGAACGACCCCCUGGGCCCCGCCGUCAUCACCCUGCUGUUGGACGACUGCCCCCUGCCCACCAAGGAGUCCGUGGUUCGACUCUCGAGCCUGUUCAGCCUGUCCGCGGAGAGCUCGUUCGCGGGCAGGACGACACCCACUCAGCAGAGGAACAUUUGCGUGGUUUUGGGGUGUUUGGCCGAGAAGUUGGCAGGACCUUGCAGCAUAGCCAUCCUCACUCCGGGGACCCUCAACUACCUGAUCGCAAACUUGGAUUUGAAAGUCAACCCAUGCGUCAUUUUGUUUUCCUUGAUAGCGAUGGAGAAGUUUGCUGCAACAAGUGAAAAUAAAGUUACUAUCCAAAGGCGGUUAAAAAUGGAAUGCAAACAUCCCCUUCUGCAGUUGGAAAAUUGGGUUGAUUCUGAGAAUUUCUUGGAGCGUCAGGUUGGGUUCUGUGCCCAGUGGUGCCUAGAUAAUCUUUUUAUUGUUGAUAAGCGGAAGUUUUCGUAUGAAUGUGUGGAUAUGUCGGGAAUAAACGUCAUGCUCAAUGUAAAUGAUGUUAGUGAGUACUUGAAAAUUUCUCCAGAUGGUUUGGAGGCACGCUGUGAUGCGUACUCUUUCGAAAGUGUUCGCUGUACAUUCCAAGUGGACUUUGGCGCGUGGUAUUACGAGACACUCGUGAUAACACCAGGUGUAAUGCAGAUCGGUUGGGCCACCAAAAACAGCAAUUUCCUCAAUCAUGAAGGCUACGGGAUAGGCGACGACGAGUUCUCCCUGGCGUACGACGGCUGUCGCCGGCUGGUCUGGUACAACGCGCGCAACGAGGCGCAGAGCCAGCAGUCGUGGCGCGCGGGGGACGUCCUGGGCUGCCUGCUGGACCUCAACAAGCCCGAGAUGCUCUUCUACGUCAACGGGGUCCCCCUGAAGCCGUGCACCCACGUCUUCAAGACUGUCAGGUCGGGAUUUUUUGCUGCUGCAAGUUUCAUGUCAUUCCAGCAAUGCAGGUUUAAUUUCGGAAGUAAACCUUUUCGCUUCCCUCCACACGAUCGGCAGUUUCAAAACUUUAAUGACCACGCUACGUUAACUGCAGAAGAAAAAAUGGUACUCCCGAGGCAUAUCCGCUUGGACUACCUGAGGAAACUGAGCGUGCGAGAAGACUCGUGCGCGCUUUGCUUCGACAAGCACGCUUCAGUGAGACUUGUGCCGUGCGGCCACAAAGGCUUCUGUUCCUCGUGCGCAGAGCAGCUGGCAGAGUGCCCCAUGUGCCGUGCGUCCAUCAUGGAGAUAGUUGAGGAAAACACGUGACAUAACAAGAGCUUGAAGUUUCACUGUGGUCGACAGUUUCAUUCAAAGGAAAGUGUUGGACUUUCAACAAGUUUUCAUGACCACUGGAAGGAAGCUGUCAGCCAUCAAGAUUUUAACUUUAAAUGUAUAUAAUUGGCUUAGAGUUAAGAUUUUUUUAUUAUUGUAUCCAAGAAUGUGGCGCGAUACUUAAGAAAUAAUAAAUACAGUAUAAAUAAUGUUUAUUAACAAUGUUAUGGUUUUCAAAUAGAAUGAGAUAAUAUAUAAUUUCAACUGUAGUUCCUAAUAUUUAUUUUUAGGCUACUGUUGUGCUUUAAUUUUAUUUUGCUUAUAUUGUUUUUAAACAUCUGUUGAGACAGUAUAUAUACAUAUAUUGCAAAAUACAGUAUUAAGUUGUUUACUCAGUGAACUAAUUUUGUUCGAUAAAGUUACGUUAACUAAGGAGAGUAUAAAUAUAUUAUUGCUUUGACUGAAUAUAAUACAUAAUUUUGUACAGCAUAUUUUUUGUUUUACAUUGUUGAUCACAUUAACAUAACUGUAAUUGUACAGGUUUUAUAUGUGAGCAAUUCUAGUUGAAUUAAACAUGUUUAUUGUUCAGUUGAAA